UUCUAAUUCUUUCAUUAAUUGCCUAAGACUAUGAUAUAUAAAACAAUUUAUUCUAAUAAAGCAUGAAGAAUGGCAAGGCUGAAUAAAAGCAUAGUAAGUAUGCUGUGUAAUUUUAACAGCUUAGUAAAAAAAUACAGACAUGUUUCAAUUUUAUUUUUAAUUAUCCUCGGUCUAAUAUGCCAAAAAAUUUAAAAUUAUAACUAUGCUAAAAUGGGAUGUAAACGCAAAAUACAAUUUGUUCUAUCAUUAUUUAAUAUAUUCUAUAGAAGGUAGUCUAAUUAAAGUCAAAUUGAUUAAUUUAGUGGCCCAAGGGAUACUUAAAUGUUACUCCGUUGUUUCCUCGUUGAGUUUAAUUGCAUAGAUUUAGAAAGACCUUGUACGUCGUUUAUAUAUGGUACGGUUGUUCGUAAAUAUAUUCAGUAAUCUUUUAACGUCGAUAGCGCAUAACGUUUUGACGACAAAGUUCCGACAUUAUUAUCUGCGGUCCUAUAAUUUUUAUUUAAGACAUAACAGUUUUAAUGACCGACUGGCAAAGCAUACCAUGCGAAGAAAAACACAAAGAGUUUCUCGAAAAAUUCAGCACGAUGUUAAUCGAAUAUACAUUCGAAAGUGUGUCUCGUGAUAAUCCAGUAUCGAGAUGGAGAGAACCAGAUUAUUUGCGAAAUAUAAUAAAGUUCGAAUUAAAUGACCAGCCUGAAAGUCAGGAGGAUCUUUUAAAGUCAGCGAUAAAUAUUCUAAAGUACAGCGUCAAGGUCGGUCAUCCUCGAUUCAUGAAUCAAUUAUUUUCUGGAUUAGAUCCAUAUGGCUUAGCUGGUCAAUGGCUAACGGACACUUUGAACGCUUCGGUGUACACUUACGAAGUCGCUCCGGUUUUAACGUUAAUGGAAAAAACUUUGAUUGCAAAAUUGUUGCGUAUGUUUUACAAGAAUGAACACGGGUCUACGACUGGCGAUGGCAUGUUUUGCCCUGGUGGAUCUUUCGCGAACGGCUCGGCUAUUAAUUUGGCGAGAUUUUGGUUCAUGCAAAAGCGGAAAAAUAUAUGCUCUUCGAAAUUAACUCUUUUUACUUCCGAGGAUGCUCAUUACUCUGUUUUAAAAUGGGCUAGUAUGUGUGGUAUAGAAAAAGUUGUUCUUGUGAAAACUGACGAGUUUGGCAGAAUGGAUAUCAAUAAUUUGAGAACAAAUAUUUUCAAAGAACAACGUGAAGACAACAACGCAUUUAUGAUUUUUGCAACUGCAGGAACUACAGUCCUUGGUGCCAUUGAUCCACUGAAUGAAAUUGGAAAUAUCUGCCGUGAACUUCAACUGUGGUUGCACGUUGAUGCAGCUUGGGGUGGCGGAUUGAUGUUUAGUAAAAAGUAUAAAGGACUUUUAAAUGGCAUAGAAAAGGCAGAUUCUAUAACUUUCAAUCCGCAUAAGCUAUUAGCGGUCCCGCAACAAUGCUCUUUACUUUUAACAAAGCAUACUGAUAUUUUAACUAUGGCCCAUUCUAAACGGGCUUCUUAUUUAUUCCAAACGGAUAAGUUUUAUUCUAGAGAUUUGGAUAUAGGCGAUAAAUAUUUGCAAUGUGGUCGUAGACCAGAUGUGAUAAAGUUUUGGUUUAUGUGGCAAGCAAAGGGUACUUCUGGCUUUGAAAACCAUGUAAAUCAUUUGAUGUAUCUUUCAGCGCUGUUUAAAAACGAAGUUAAUAAAAGGGAUGGUUUCGAAUUAGUAGUAGAACCAUCGUUCAUAAACAUAUGCUUUUGGUUUAUCCCUGUUUCUUUGAGAAAUAAACAAACAUCUUAUGGAUAUAAGGAAAACUUAAACAAGGUUGCGCCAAAAUUAAAGGAGAGAAUGGCCAAAAGAGGAAGUCUUAUGAUUAAUUAUCAACCAUUACGUCAGAAACCAAAUUUUUUCCGAUUUGUUAUUCAAAAUUCGGGAACAGAUGAACAAGAUAUUUAUUAUAUAUUUGAAGAACUAGAAAAUUUAGGCAAAGAUUUAUAACAGUUUUCAUGGACGAGUAAAAGGAAAUGGGAAAACAUAAAGAAUUCCAGACACGAAAAUCAAUUUGUCCGGCUCAACUAUGCGAAACGCAGUAAUUGGAUGAUCUGAUUAGGAGAGAUCGGACACUAAAUUUCUGGUACUAAGAUAGGUCAAUUCGUGACUACCUUCUUAAGUCGGCUCAAUGAUGUCAAGACAAGUAUGUACAAAGUCGGUUCGAAUUUACAUUGAAAUAACUAUGAAGAAGCCGUACGUACCACUGGGAAUAUAAUUAUUCGCCACCAUGACUGUACGCUUGUAUUUAAUACACCUACGAAUAUGUAA